GACGAACCAACCAUCGCCGGUGCACCUCCAGCUCGCCCCCUAUUUCUCGAGCGCCCCCGGGAGCGCGGAGAAGAGCCGAGGCGCCGCGCGUUCAGGGCAGGACAGGACAGGACAGCCUUCGUCCGCUGGCGCCAGCGGUGCUCACCAGUCGCGACCCCCGACCGGGACAAGUCGGAGCGAAGUGAGCAGAAGUUUCCACGGGGACGAGGAUUUGACUGGCACCGAUUGGAAAUGGCUGGCCUACAAGAGAUCCGAAUGACAGAGGAAAAGCCUCUGCUGCGGGAGCAGAUGUCAAUGGAGAAUUGUGACGUUUUCCUACCACCCGUGGACUCAAACUGGCAGGAGCAUGACAUUGAAACCCCUUAUGGGAUGUUGCAUGUUGUUAUCCGUGGUGCACCAAAAGGAAACCGCCCAGCAAUCUUGACCUACCACGAUGUUGGAAUGAACCAUAAACUCUGCUUCAACACAUUCUUCAACUUUGAGGACAUGCAGGAGAUUACUAAACACUUUGUUGUGUGCCAUGUGGAUGCUCCUGGUCAGCAGACAAAUGCCUCCCAAUUCCCUGCAGGAUACCAGUUCCCAACCAUGGAUCAACUAGCUGCCAUGUUGCCAAGUGUAGUUCAACAUUUUGGGUUUAAGAGUAUUGUUGGAAUCGGAGUGGGAGCUGGAGCUUAUGUCCUUGCCAAGUUUGCAUUGAUUUUCCCAGAUAUGGUGGAGGGGAUGGUCCUGAUCAAUAUCGAUCCCUGUGGAAAGGGUUGGAUUGACUGGGCAGCAACUAAGCUCUCGGGUCUAACCAGCUCUCUCCCUGACACGGUCCUGUCACAUCUCUGCAGCCAGGAGGAAUUAAUGAACAAUACUGAGCUGGUGCAGAGCCUGCGACAGCAGAUAGGAGCCAACAUCAACCAGAGCAAUCUGCAGCUCUUCUGGAACAUGUACAAUAGCCGCAGGGAUUUGGAAAUGAACAGACCUGGAAGUGUGGCCAAUGCCAAGACUCUGCAGUGUCCAGUGAUGCUGGUGGUGGGGGACAAUGCCCCAGCAGAGGAAGGAGUGGUGGAAUGCAAUUCCAAGCUGGACCCAACUCAGACAACUUUCCUGAAGAUGGCUGACUGUGGUGGCUUGCCCCAGAUCACUCAGCCAGGAAAGAUGACAGAGGCCUUCAAAUACUUUCUGCAGGGCAUGGGCUACAUUGCAUAUUUAGUGGAUAGACGACUGAGUGGUGGAGCAGUGGCAUCUGCUAGUAUGACAAGACUGGCUCGUUCCCGCACAGCCUCGCUGACCAGUGCCAGCUCAGUCGACGGGCAACGUCCACGUAUUUGCACCCAAACCAACAGCAGUGACAAUGUUGGCCAGGUUACUCAGAAUAUGUCACACACCAUGGAGGUGUCAUGUUAAAAGGUGAUCGAAGGUAGAGAAAGAAGCAUGGCUUAACCCUAGCCACUUUGGAGGAUGUUUGUUCCUUACUAGUUUGGGUAUAGGGCAAUUAAAAAGUGUAGAGAUUGUUCCCUUCCUUCACUGUAGCAGUCUGCAGUUUUCUAGCCUAACUUGAAUAAAGGCUGCCUACUGCUUUUCUUUCUUGCAUGAGUUGCAGUCAGUGAAUUUUAUUUUGGUAAAUGUAGCUACCUGAUCCUUUCCAACAUGUUAGCAGGCUUUCACAAGACCUGUUUUAUUUUUGCCAGUCAGUCAAUGUCAUGGUACAUAUUAAGAGACUGUGCCAAUAUAAUAGUAAUCUUGUAUUCAAUUAUUUUAAUUUGUGCAAAGGGAAAGCAUCGCAUUUUACGUAGUUUUAAAUGUAGGGGCGUUUCCGAGCAUUGGUGUGUUAACUAAUUGUCCUAGAUGCCUGUUCUUUAAGCUUUCUGUAACACAGGAUACAAAAGAGCUGCUCAGAUUACUGUAGAUAUAGUAAAUCUGGUUCCAUUACUAAAUGUUUUGUAGAUAAUUUAUUUCCCAUUCCCCUACCCUAACUGGAAUUUGGGCAAUGGUAAAACAAAGACGUGAAAAGUUUAUGGUAGUCUCAUUCAGAUCUUGUGAUAAAUGUAGUGUUAUUGAACCUUUUUUUAGUAUAAUGAUCCUUUGUUGUUGUUCUGAUACUUGACAGCUGUGGAUGCCACAAUAAUAAUUAAUUCAAUUAAUGUCACUAAUAACCGUUUAUGAAAAUAAAGUCAGUGUGGUAUUAAAAACA